GCUCGGGAGGGGUACAUGCUACCGACUAAACGUAAAACGAAGCAGGCACAGACUUCUGGCAUCUCUGUUUGUCGCCCACACCAGACUUGUCGUAGAAAUUACAGUUUCCUUUGGGUUCAUGCAGUUUUAGUUCUUAAUUUUAUUUUCUUGUUAUAUCGCAAAUCCUGAGCUACGUACGACUCCUUGCGGUUCAUCGGAGUGAUCGGUUUUGCUACUGUGCAAAUAUUUUUGGAAUCUGCGCAAGAUGUCGGGAAAAGACGAGAAAAUCAAUAUUUUCCCCUCGCGUAUGGCGUUAACAUUGAUGAAGACGCGUCUGAAGGGAGCACAAAAAGGGCAUUCGCUGUUAAAGAAAAAAUCAGACGCGCUCACAAUGCGAUUCCGUGCUAUCUUGGGCAAAAUCAUUGAAACUAAAGUGCAGAUGGGAGAAGUGAUGAAGGAAGCCGCGUUCUCACUGGCGGAAACGAAAUUUGCUGCUGGUGACAUCAACCAGACGGUGCUGCAGAGCGUGGCGAAAGCCCAGAUCAAAGUGCGCACAAGAAAAGACAACGUUGCUGGUGUGAAUUUGCCAGUUUUUGAGCAUUUUGUGGAGGGGGGCGACAGCUACGAGCUGACGGGGAUUGCGAAAGGUGGUCAGCAGAUCGCUAAGCUGAAGAAAAAUUAUCUGACCGCCGUGAAACUGCUCGUGGAUUUGGCAUCCCUUCAGACAUCCUUUGUAACACUGGAUGAAGUUAUUAAAGUGACCAAUCGACGUGUCAAUGCCAUUGAGCACGUGAUUAUCCCCAAAAUUGAAAGGACUUUGGCUUACAUCACCAGUGAAUUGGAUGAACGAGAAAGAGAGGAAUUCUUCCGACUGAAAAAGAUUCAGGAGAAAAAGAAACAAGCAAAAGAUAAAAAAGAGAAGAAAAAACAAGAACUCUUAUCACAGGGAGCGUUUGCGGAAGAUAUUUCCGAAAAGACAAUAUUAGACGAUGAAGUGGAUCAGGAUGUUCUGUUCACAUGAAUCUUUGAGAGCUGCUGUCUUUACCGAAUUUUAUUUAAAUUGUGCGAUAAUUACACAAAAUCAUUAACUUCAUCAUUUGAUCAGUUUCUGCAUUCCUAACGUAAUGUGUGGCUUUUGGUUUUAUCCAGUUUUAGUUGCUGUGUGUUUGUUUGUACUUGUGACACUGUGAAAGAUCAUACAGAAAUGAUUGUGAAUUGUGAUUGAGUAUGAUCCAGUUAUUAUUAAUUUUAUUAUUACGCUGUUGUGGUUAUAUGAGAUGAACCCCUUAUUCAAUAAUGAUUACUGAACCGUA